CAUAGAUUUUUAAGCUUCAAAAUAAUUUCUUAUUUACUUAAAUAUUUUAAAUGAGCUAAUCUAAUGACAAAAUUAUUGAAUAUUAUAUUCUAUCAGAAGACUUAUUAGCAAUAGUUAACGAUAAUUAUUAACUGUUAAUAUUUUCUCAAUAAUAUAAAUUACAGCAAGUUGUAAAUAUAAAUCUUCAAAGGAAUUCACAAGUUUAAUUAUUUAAUAAUACUUACCUUGCAAUCAGUACAGCAUAAUCUUUAGCGAUUUUUAACAUUACUCUAUCAUCUAUGGAAGUUAAUCCAAACAAUUUACUACUUUAGAUAAACGAAUAGAAUUAUAUGCAAUAUUUUACUAUAUUGACUUAGUUAAAUAACCCAUUGCUAGUUUAUUCUUCAAACUAUCAAGCCUAUGUUUAUGAUCUAGUUUAGUAAAAAAUAAUGUGCUACCUUUAGAAUUCUUAAUAAUUUGGUCAAAAAUUUGUAUUUGAUGAAAAGUAUUUUUACAUCAUAGGAUAUUCAAAUGUAAUAAUAUAUGAUGUAAUAUCGUUCAAUUAUAUUAACUAUUACAAGCACAACUCAUUUAAGCACUCUUAAAUAGUAGACAUCCAAAGAAUUUAUCAAGAUUAUUUUAUUUUGAUUUGCAAUAGUGAAAUACAAAUAAUUAUAGUUAAUACUCAUUAUUCAGAGUUGGUUUAAAGCUUCAAAGAUAUCUUUUAGCCUGAAGAACUCAGUUUUAAUUUAUUAUUUGAUAAUUUUAAUCAAUUGUCUGGAAUAGAUAUUUAAGUGAUCAGCUCAGAUGCAAAAUUAAAUUUAUUUACUUACAGUCUUAAUUAAACCUUUUUUUAGUAAAAUUAAAUUUCUUAAAUCUAAGUCAUCUAUGGUAAUUAAAUUGAAGAAUACUAUUAAACAAGUUAAAGGUUACAGUAGAGGGCAUCUAACCUUAAUGGCUAUUUAGGAGCAUAUAAUAUUUAAAUAUAGAAAUAACUUUAAGACAUUGAAAUUCCUAAAAUAAAGUUAUUUUAGAAUAUUAUAUCCCCAUUUACUCUAGUAAAAUAUAAUACUCUAAUAGAUCCAACAGAAACAAAUUAAUAAUUUUCAAAUGUUUUGCUUACUAGUAAUAAUUUUUUAACAGAGGAAAUAUCUAAUUAAAAUAUUUUAAGGUUGGCAUUUAUUUAAUUAAAUAUAAAAGUAAAUAUCACUUCAUAGGAUUUAGAAAUAAAUAAAUACGGAUCACUCAAUUAUUUAUUAUUAGAUUAAGUUAAUUUAAUAUUCUUUAAUUAUUCUUCUACAUUAUUUAUUAGCAAUAUCACUUAGGUAGUAAUUUAAAGUAUGACCAUACAAGAUUAGUAUUUGCAUAGAAAUAAAUCAGUAAUAACUAUAUAAAAUUCUUAGAGUGUACUAAUUGAGUAACUAGAUAUAAAAAAUAUAAAUUAUGUUUUUGAAGAAAUUAGUCAGGACACCUAAAAUGGUUUUAUUAAAUUUAAUAAUAUAACAAGGGUAUAUAUUAACUAUAUGAAUAUCUAAAACUUAAAAUGGAAAGGAAAAAUUAUUUAAAUACUUUUUUCAAGUAAUAUAACUAUAAAUAAUUUAAUUAUUGAUAACUCGAAGUUCUAAUAGUAUAAUUUAAUUGAAUUUAUUAUGCUUGAUAAUUUAGAAAUAAAAAACUUGGUUUUAACAAAUAUUACCUACUUUAGUUAGUCUAAAAGAAUUAUGGAAACAGAAUAGUCAUAACACAUUUCAAGAAUAAUUUAUCUUUAAGGGGUUUAUAAAUCAAUAUUUUAAAAUAUUUAAGUCAAUCAAUUGAAUAACACUGGUAUACUAUUAGCAGAAUAAUUCUAAAAAAAUGAUGUAUCUUUAUUUUACAAUUCAUAUUUAAAUUUUAAUAAACUUACAAUCUAAAAUGUUACUAUUGAUUAAGAUUUUAGCUAAAUGAAUAUUCUUUUUGAAAUAAACGCGUUGAAUUGCAUUUUUUCAAAUACCAAAUCAGAAUACUUAACCUUAAAUGGGAUAUUUGCCUAGAUAGAAGCUAAAAAUUAAAUCUAAAUUACAGAUUCAAACUUUGCACAUUUUCAAUUUACUAAUUCAAACGUAGGAGGAAUUUUUAAUGUUCAAAGUAUGUAUUUGUUUUUGAAUAAUACUAACUUUAAAAAUAGUACCUCUUUAGGGUUUGCAAAUGCUCUUUAAAUAUUAUCAACCUAAAAUUUAUAGAUAUAAUACUGUAAAUUUAUUAAUUUAACUAGCAGCUCCAUUCCAAAAAUAUCGUCAUAGUAAUCAGCUGGAGCUAUAGAAAUUAAUUAAGCAGCUCAAGCUUAUUUAAAAUAUAAUACAUUUAAAAGCUGUGUUUCUUAAAGCUCAGGAGGUUCUUUAUACAUAAGUUUGCUAAAUUAAUAAAGUUUUAUAAUCAUAGAUCAAUGCAUAUUUGAAAAUAAUUAUUCUAAAUUAAAGUCUGGAGGUGCAAUUUUUGUAGAAAAUUCAUAUAAUAUAACGGUUAUUUCAAGUACAUUUAAUAGAAAUUAAGCAAAAUCUGAAAAAGGAGGGGCUAUAGCAAUCAUAAAUUCUAAUUUGUUUAUUCUAUAAGAUACUUUAUUUGAAGAAAAUGAAUCACUGAUAGGUGGUGCUAUUUGGUAUGAUUAAUAAAGCUCAAUAAAAAAUUCAAAAGAAGUAAAAUACUCUAACAACUCUGGAAUAUGUUAUGGUUAGAAUUUAGGCUCUCGUCCCAGAUCUAUUCAGAGAGUAACAUAAACCAAUAAAAUCAUAUUAAAUAAUGAGAUUACAGGUGUAUCUAGUGGUAAUUAGUUAAAGAACAUGGAGUAUUUUAAUUUUUUUGAUGAAGAAAAUAAUCCAUUGAAAUGUAUAGAUAUUAAUAGCAUAUAGUAUUCGCCUUCUUCUGUAAUUAGUGAAGAAAUGAAUAAUUAUAAUAUUUAAAUUGAUACCUAAAAGACAUAAAAUAUUUUGGUGAAAUAAUAAUAAAUGUUAAUUAAGAAUAAAAUACAUUAACUAUAUGAGUUCAACCCUAUAAUAUUGUUUAAAUAAUAUAUGGACUAAACUCUAUAUAUCGUUUCAAAUGAUGAUAACCUCUAAAUGUAAAUUUAAAUAUAAUUUAGAGAAUGUUAAGUGGGAGAAAUCGUUUAAGUUGAUUCUGGUUUUGUUACGUGUUACUUAUGUCCAUAAGAUAGAUAUUCCUUAGUUAUACCGAAUAUCGAGAGAGAUUAAAAUUAGCUAAAUUGUUUAAAAUGUCCUAUAUAGGCUAAGAGCUGUUCAGGAAAUUCCAUCAUACUUAAUAAUGGCUAUUGGAGGAUUAAUAAAUUGUCUGAUGAAAUUUAUUCUUGCAACACAAAAGGAUGUAUAGAAGAUGAUUCAAGUAGUAAAUUUGGAUGCGAUAAAGGAUAUAUUGGUCCUCUAUGCGAUACUUGUGAUAGUAAAGGAGAAAUUUGGAAUGAGCAUUUUGGUAAAAAGAAUAAUGAUGAGUGUUUACCUUGCAAAUAAGCUCUGUCUUAAUAUCUUUAUUUUUUUGCUCUUAUUUUAUUUUAUAUUUUUUACAUCACAAACAGCAUCAAUAGCUAAUUCAAUAAGAAAAUGAUACUUUUUAAGCUAGAUGUUUUGAGAAAAAUGGAUCUUUUUAUAACCAGUAAGUCAUGCUCACAGGGUUAAGAUUUAUAUUUGUGGAUCAAGAUUUUCAUAAACUAUUUUCAAAUAUUUCAAAUAUUCUUUUUAUUCACUGCUAAUAUUCCUUAAUAAAUUGAGUAAAUAAUAAAUGUUUUUGGUGAACCUGUUAAAAUGACUGUGGCCAGCUUAGAUUGUUUGUUCAUUAUGACAGAUAAAUUUCCACUUUGGUUUUUUAGAAUUAUCAUUUAAAUCAGUUCUGUAUUUAUUUAAUAUUUAUUGAUAUCUUUGAUUGCAUCCUAUAUUUUUAAAAGAAAAAAAUUAAAGUUGAGCUUAGUUAGCUAAAAAAGAUAUACUUUUAUGAUGGUAUUUACAUUCUUUUACUUAUUUUACUAACCUUCAAUUUCAAAGUUACUGUUAUAGGGAUUGUUUUGUAGAUAAAUAGCUUAAAAAUAGUAUUUAAUUGCUUAGCUUAACUAUGAAUGCUAUUCAGAUAUUCAUUUGAUCUACAUAUUUACUAUUAUUAUUCCUUUCCUAUUCAUAUGGUGCGUUUUUAUACCUUUUUAUUACUAUAGAAAACUAAAAGCAUUUUAACAUUCGCCUAAGCUAAGUAAUAGAUAUGAUUAGAUAUUAACUCAUGGUAUAUUGUAUAAAAGCUAUAAAACAUAAUAUGCAUAUUGGGAGCUAAUUAAGAUACUUAAAAAAUUUUUGUUGAUGAUAUUAAUAAAUACUUAAUUAAGCCCAAUCAUUUAGAUUAUAUUGAUAUAAAUAAUUUUAUUAUUUUAUUUAUAUUUUUAAAUCACACUAUCACCAUUUUAAAAUUAAUAACAAUAGAAUUGUGAAAAGUUUUUGAUUUUAAGACUCAAUUAUAGCUUUAUUGUUUUAGGUUUUAUGAUUUAAGAUAGUCAAGAUACUGUUUUCAGUGUAUUCAAAGUUUUAAGUUAUAUUAGCUUAAUUGUUAUUAAUCUCUAAGUUUUGUUUAUGUUAAUAUAAAUAACUUUUAAUAACAUAGAAAUAAAACUGAUUAAUGGGUAAAAUAAUGAAAGUAAAAUUACUUAGUUGAUAAUAAGUAUGAAAAGAUAUUUACCAUAUUUGAUGAAUUUUAUAAGAAUUAGAAGAGUGAGCUAUAUAAGAGUACAUUAUUUGUGGAAAAAAGUAAUCAUCAAAUUUAGAAAAAUAAAUAUCUCAAAGUUAAAGGAAUCAUAAGAAUUUAAAAUAUUUUCACAAAGUAUAUAAUAAUAAAAUGGUUAAUGCAAGAUUUAAGAAAAAUAAUAAUUUAAAGAUACAGAGUAUUAAAUUAACAAGUAAUACUCUAAUUUAGAAUCUAAAGCUCUUAAGGAUGACUUAAUUUUAAGUAGCCAUACAACAAAAAAUGACAAAUAGUUAAUAUUUGAUUCUCAGCUUAUUUAGGAAUUAGAUUAACAAGUAAAUCUGCCAACUUCUCCAGUUAUGAAUUACUUUUAUAAUAAGAAAACAAAAAAUCAUUGAAUUUUUAUAA